UCAUCAUCAUCAUCCUCCAGUGAUGCGUGCUGAUCGCCUCGGUGAACGUUUCACGUCACGUUCAACAACAGGAAGGAAGCGGUUUUCCCUACAGGCUGCUGUUCCCGUGAGUGGUCAACAUACAUGACGUGGUACCUAAACCAGCACUACCACCGGGACAAGGUGCUGUCGUGCCUGCAGUAGUGGGAGCGGGCACGCGUUCAGUCGCCUGCCAAGACGAAGCAGACGACGUCUACGCGGAACGGUCCUCGCACAGGGGCUGCGUCCAGUGGCCCACCACAACGGCGAAGGACUACUCAUCACGCUGUACUGCCAGCUGCUCCCUCGCGACAAACGAAGCCGAACCUCCCGCCGCCGAUUGAACCUGAGCUCAUGGAGCACAGGGCGCGUGUUCGCAUUGCGCCGACGCCCACCACUACCUCCCCUUCCUCUGUGCCACCUCCCCGUGCCGCAGCCGGUCUCAACAGUGCCACGGCUGCAGCUGCGGCUAGGUCGAAGUACGACCAGCUUCGACAGGCCGCAAGAAAGGUCCUGGAGGCAUGGAACCGCGAGAGGCGCCUGCGCACGCAGUCCACCGUUCGAAAGAUGGAGGCUCUGCGCACGCACCGCAAGCAGUCCAUCGCCGUGGCAGGUGCGGACGACGCGCUCGAAGCGCAGCAAUUGGCCAAGGUUCAACGAACACCCAACCCGGAAAGGGUGAAGUUUUGUCAGGAACUGGCUAUGAGGAAACAAUGUGACCGUCUGCAAGCCGAGAAGAAGAAGCAAGAACAGGCGAACCUAGAAAAACUCCAAGUACAGCAACUGACGGGGAGCCUGCGGACGAUGCGGGACUUGCCACCGGCACCUGGCGACGCACGGGAGAGAUGGCGGCGUCCCCUGCUUCGCAGGUGUGGCUCGUGGGGCCGUCGCUGCUCGCGAGGUGGCAACAUCCGGCAGAAGUUCAAGGACUUCGUCAACAGGUUAGCGUGCGUGAAAGAAGAAAACGGCACAAAAUACUUGAUCCUUCGCAAUGAAUACUUCGAAGAACUCCACAACAGCAGGCGUGACCUUUCACUUCCAUCGUACUCUGCAGUGGAAGAGCCUGACAAUUGUGUUGGAUUCAUGUGCCAAGACCAGUGUGCUGAGUACUUUUCACCUCCACUAGGCCAAACUCCACAGCAACCACACCAAACUCCACAGCAACCACAGUGGAGGCAUUACUCUCCAGACUGUCCAAUCGUAGCAAAUGAGUGCCCACCUCUUUCUCCAGUGGGCGUCAGCCGCAUCCACUCAAGCCCGUGUCUCCUUGUGGAGGAUAACUGCUAUGAAGAUGUCCCACCUCCGCUACCUCAGAAAAAACACUCUUUCGGCGGGAGUCCUAAAAGGCCUGACAUGCCCCUGCCACCUCCGAGGGGUAGGAAAAACCAUGGUCGCCGAGGGUCACAAGUAGAGGAACGCGUCCGGCAGUUUAGUGUUGAAAAAGAGCUUGAGGGAAACGUCACUGUCAAAAAGGAGAACAUCCAGGACGUCGCCGUGAGCCCCGGAACGGUAAAAGAAAAGACGCAGAUCAUCAAUCGCAUGGCCGAAAGCAGCGGCGCGCCUGCCAAACCAGCGCUACCCUCCGGAUCCGUGGGUAACGCGACCAUCAAACGCAGGGACGGGCCCGGAGCACGCACUGCCGCCGAUGAUGACACUACGUCGGUGAACACGGUACGCACUUUUUGUCGACCGUGCUACAGAGCUAUCUUGCUGUCAAGCUGUCCAGUCAACGAGUGGACCGCGAAGCGAUGCGUUAAUGCAACGCUGGUGCCAGUUCAGUUGCAUUUCGCGAUGCCUCCUAUAUCACGAGGGUUUAAACGGAAGCGCGAUACUGCCUUUCAGUUGGACCCUCGCCGGCGGGAGUGGCUGCUUAGGGCUUCACAGACUGACUACCACUCACUCGUACGGCUCCUUCGUGAAGACCCUGAUCUUAUAGCAUCGUUCGAUACGUUUGUCAAUACGUUUACUGCGCUGCACUGGGCUGCAAAGUUUGGAUGCGCGGAGAUUGUUAAACUCGUAGCCGGCUCCUACGGCCUGAACCCGAACGUCAAAUCGAUCGGGCGGGGCCGCGGCUUCGAAUGGCCCGCCGUCAGUCCGACCAAUCUGAACGACGCUCAUGCAGAACUUGUUCGCAAGACUUUUUGCGUACAAAAAAGAAGCGUGAGCUUGAGGAUGCUGGGCACUUUGAAUGCAAACCUUAAUUAUCUCGUAUUUGACUGCCAUAUGCUUAAUACAUAUGCCUUUUUCCUGCUCUGUCUCCAGGGCUACACACCACUCCAUCUUGCAUACAUGUUCAACCAGCACCACAUAGCUGAGUUACUGCGUGCCUAUGGUGCAGAUGCCAAUGUCCGUGACAACAGUGGACGCAAACCAUGCCAAUACCUGAAGGGUGGAGUGCCACAGCCUGUCAGAGCUACUGUGAUGUCUGGCUCCAAGAGCGUCCCACAACGUAAGCACCCACCUCUGCCACCUGAGCUAGCACUGUCCCAUGAUCUGGGCCUUCAGGCCAUAGCAGCCCCUGCUAAAGGGAUCUCGCGCAGCCAGUCCUUCCUUAGCCAAACCUUCCGCCGAGCCACCAGGCCUCACGUCGGACUCAGAGCAUCUGCUAGACCCCGAAUCAAGUCCAUCUUCCAGUAGGCAGCCCCCUGCUACCAGUGACCUGGACCAACUGUUGUUGUACCCCAUGACUACGAUACUACUCUCACAGAGUCUUCUUUCUUGUAAAGUGCCUUCUGGAUGCUUUGUGUCAACCUGACCAUUCUAUUGACAAAAAAAAAAGACAUCUGUGAGGUUUGUUAUGCAUCUGGCUCUACAUACUCUGAGGCUACUCAAGCUGGCUGAAUAUGUCUCUCUUUAGUGAUGACAUGUAUAUGUUGGUGGUUUCUCAAAGGUAAAAAGGCUUAUUGCAUUGAGGCAUGCUUUCUUUUGAUCUAUGAUGUCACAUGCAAGGUGUAGAAGGUUAGGUAGUAUGAAAUCAGGAGUUCGACGAGAACUCGUGUGGUCGGGAUUGCUCAUAGUCAAGGGUAGAACGGGCGCUGACCAAAAACAUUAAAAGAAAAGAAACCAUGAUGUUUCUGCUCCCAUUUGAGGGCCUUGCUCACAGUCUACUUUUCAAAAUCAGAUUUGUAUCCCCCCCCCACCUCCCGUAUGGGAGCCGAAGUGUCUUGGUUUCUUUUCUUUUAACGUUUUUGGUUGAGGCCUGUUUUACCUUGACUAUGGUAGGUAGCAUGUGGCAAUAGGUAAUACUAGGAUUGCAGUAGGGCAAGUGAUUGUCUUGAAAUGUGCCUCUCUCCUACCUGUCUGCAAGUUACUUCCAUCCUUGACUUUCCUAGGUUAAGCAAGUGUUUUUUCAUCUGAAGCAUAAAAGCCCCUUAAGUGCCUAAUUUACCUAAGAAGCUUUUUCAUUUUUCGAUUGUUGCAUACAGUAUGUUAAAUGUUGGAAACAUUUGAAGACUGUGCUGGUAGAAGUUCAGCGGAAAUUGGCACUACAAGUGCCCAAAAUUAAGCACACAGUGCCGCAAUUAACUGCAGUCAACACAUCUGCAAUAAGAAUAGGACUGAUGUUUCCUUCAGGUGCCACUUAAAUUGUACAUUGAAAAUUUAGUUUUACCAGAUUUUUUUGCAUCUUAAGGAUCGUGAAAGUGUGCUGCUGUGGAAUGGAUUAAUAAUUUUGAAUUCUUCAGUGAGUUUUAUCAAGUUUACACAAUGUGGACUCUAUGUGAGAACUCUCUACAUAAAUGUCAGAUAGGAAAACAAGCUAUUUCAUGUGUAGUAUACUUAGAAAGCACCCAUCUGGCAACAUAUAUGUUAGAUGUAAAGCAAUGUCAAAAACAAUGAAAGAAGUGAACCUGCCACAUGAUGACAUACUGAUACCAACAGCUAACACUUCCAACUCAUUUUACUAAAGCAAAAACACCAUGAACAUAUUAUUCAAACUUGCAGUACAGGUCCAAUCAGAAGUGCUUCAAGAUGUUUGUGAGACAUUCUAAAUAUCGCUGUUUUCAUCAAUGAUUUUGCAUUUGAUGAACUGUCUUGGCAUGUGCAGUUGUGCACACAAUGCCUGAGGGGGAUAUUCGGCCAGUCAGUCACAAAUGUCAUUUGCUUGAAGCUACAGUCACUUUAUUAUUGCAUUGACAUACAUAAUCAAAUAGGCCGAAAUUUUUUUAAUAAGAUUGUCCACAUAUUUUUUUACAAAGUUUUCAACCAGGCUGAGGUUAUCCAUAGCACUUAAGAAUUAAAGUUAAGGCUUGUUGAUGCAAUGUUUGAAUUGAAUUCUGGAGUUUUGCAUUAGUGGGGAGCACAAGUUACAACAAUGAAAACAAGAUACAAUGCGAAAGCCAUUGUUGACAAUAUCUAUAAAAGGAAUUCAGCAGGCGAUAAAGAUGAGCAGGACCAGGUUAAGCAUUCUAAUGUUCGAUAGUGCAAACAAAAAGCUAUUUAAACACGUCUGUGGGAUGAUGAAAAGGAGAUAUAUUCAGCUUGUGAUACUGUCUAGUGGAUAAAGAUCUAGCGGGUGUGAUGUAGCUGCUUAGUACAGGAAAUCAUGGAGAGUUAAUCAUAGCAUGAGAAAACUUUGAACAGUCAACAAGGUGACGAGGAGGGGGAGUGGCAAGCUGAAGAUUGCAAAGAUCAGAACUAGGUGUAAAAUACGAGCCGUGACAAGAAAUGAAGUGUACAGUCUUCUGCAGGGCAGUCUCAAUUUUGUUGAUGCCAGAUUUUUUGUAUGGAUUCCGUACAAUUAAGGACGCACGAGUGUGUUCUAGGUGAGGAGCCUUGUGUUAAGAGUGGCCGAAUGAGGAGCACGUUGCAGAUAGCCUAGCUUUCUAAGUGCGCGGUUGCACAUUUGUUCAAUGCAAUGGGACCAAGACAACUUCGAGAAAAGAAGACUACGGUUUUUAUACUUUGACACAUUUCUCAGUCGAGAACCAUUAAACAAGUGAGAAAAGAUGGGAAAGAGCACUUUGUAAAUGACAUAAAAACAGUUUUGCAGAAUUUAAUUUGCAUCUGCCAAGUUUCACAUUGUGCACAUUCUGGAUGUGCACAUUACACCUAUCUGUGCCAUGUUGGCAAACCUGAACAUGAAUGUGAUCACAACACAUAGAUGUAUUUUGCAUGCUUGUUAUUUUCAUCACUCAAUUAAUUUUACAUGCAUCCACUUAUCCCAUCCACACAUUGCAAUGUGGCAUGCUUUUUCAUCGCGCUUGGCAAGUUGUAAAGAAAAUUGUGAUACGUCUAAGACUGUUGGCAGCUUUAUUGCAGUUAAAUGUAUGUAGGAGAACACUUAUUUCACUAUAUGUCGAUGUACAUUUUCAUAUUUGGUCAUCAUUUUCAUUUAACCCUUUGG